GCGGGGUCGCGCGAGCCCGAACAGGACGGCCGCCAUCUUGCGCGAGCCGGAAUCCCGUCCCGCAUCUGCGGCCUAUAGAGCGCGCGAGUCGGCGGUGUUCCCUUGCAGCUGCCCAGCGUUGCCGCGGCCCAGCUGGAUCCCUCGCCCGCCACCUCUCUGUCCCCGGCCGGAGUCCGGCCUCACGCCCUCAUCUGGGCCAGGUCCGGCCUCCCCGCGGGGUCACGCCGCUGCCCCGGGGACGAUGAACGGAGGAUAAAUGGUGCCCAAGGCAGACAGCGGUGCCUUCCUGCUGCUCUUCCUGCUGGUUCUCACUGUCACCGAGCCGCUGCGGCCAGAACUUCGGUGCAGUCCUGGGCAAUUUGCAUGUCACAGUGGUGCCAUCCAGUGCAUACCCCUUCCCUGGCAGUGUGACGGCUGGCCCACGUGUGAGGAUGCGAGCGAUGAAGCUGACUGUCCAGAAGUGACUGGAGAGGCCCGUCCUUAUCAUGGGAAGGAGACCUUGGACCUGCGGCAGGGGUGGACCAGAGGAGGUGACCCCACACAGUUCCACAUAGUGAACAUGGCUCAGCCUGUCCGCUUCAGCAGCUUCCUAGGAAAAUGCCCAAGCGGGUGGCACCACUAUGAAGGCACAGCCAGCUGCUACCGGGUCUACCUCAGUGGAGAGAACUACUGGGAUGCUGCGCAGACCUGCCAGCGCGUAAACGGUUCACUCGCCACUUUCUCCACUGACCAGGAGCUGCGCUUCGUCCUGGCCCAGGAAUGGGACCAGCCAGAGCGGAGCUUUGGCUGGAAAGACCAGCGCAAGCUGUGGGUUGGUUAUCAGUAUGUCAUCACUGGGCGGAACCAUUCCUUAGAAGGUCGCUGGGAGGUAGCGUUCAAAAGCUCUUCAGAGGUGUUUCUGCCUCCGGACCCCAUCUUUGCCUCCGCCAUGUCUGAGAGUGACAGUGUGUUCUGUGCCCAGCUCCAGUGCUUCCACUUCCCCACACUGCGGCGCCAUGACCUCCACAGCUGGCAUGCCGAGAGCUGCUCUGAGAAGUCUUCCUUCCUGUGUAAAAGAAGUCAGACGUGUGUUGAUAUCAAAGACAAUGUCGUGGAUGAAGGGUUCUACUUCACUCCCAAGGGAGAUGACCCAUGCUUGAGCUGUACCUGCCAUCGAGGGGAGCCUGAGAUGUGCGUCGCUGCCCUGUGUGAGCGGCCCCAGGGAUGUCAGCAGUACCGCAAGGACCCUAAGGAAUGCUGCAAGUUCAUGUGUCUGGACCCAGAUGGCAGCAGCCUGUUUGACUCCAUGGCUAGUGGGAUGCGCCUGGUCGUCAGCUGCAUCUCCUCCUUCCUCAUCCUCUCGCUGCUGCUUUUCAUGGUCCAUCGGCUACGCCAGCGGCGCCGGGAGCGCAUCGAGUCCCUGAUUGGAGCAAACUUGCACCAUUUCAACCUUGGCCGGAGGAUCCCUGGCUUUGACUAUGGCCCAGAUGGGUUUGGCACAGGCCUCACCCCACUACAUCUUUCUGACGACGGGGAAGGUGGGACUUUCCAUUUCCACGACCCUCCACCUCCUUACACAGCUUACAAGUACCCAGACAUGGACCAGCCGGAUGAUCCACCACCGCCCUAUGAGGCUUCCAUCAACCCGGACAGUGUCUUCUAUGACCCUGCAGAUGACGAUGCCUUUGAACCCGUGGAAGCCAGCCUGCCAACCCCAAGUGGCAUUGAAGGUGCAUUGCCCAGGCACUCGGAUCAUCCGCUGCCUCCUACAGAGACCUCCUUAGCAGAUCUGGAAGAUUCCACAGACAGUAGCAGUGCCCUGCUGGUGCCUUCUGAUCCUGCCCAGAGUGGGAGCACCCCAGCUCCAGAAGCUCCAGGUGGUGGGCGUCACCCCCGUGGCUCCCUCAAUACUGUGGUUUAGGUGGCUCAGCUCAUGGCCCCAGUGGGCUAGGAGUAUCUGUUUCCUGUUCAAAAGACACCUAUCCCAGUGGGAGACUUCCAGGGGUCCUGUCAUAGCCUGGACCUACUCCACUGCCACAUCCCACCAGCAGCGGGUGUGUACAUAGAAACUGAAGCCAGGCACCCUGACAGAGGAGCAGGUGCCUGUGCCGUCUUUAUCGGAGGCUUCUCAGACGUGAAAAGGGUUGGUCAGUCUCAUUUUCAAAUGGCAGAAUGACACAGGUGUUCAAACCACACAUUUCCAAGAGAGCAGAGGCAGUGGGCUGCACUCACACCAAAUACAUCUUUGGAUGGGCUUGCUUACUGCACUCUCUCGCCUACAGAAGCCAGUCAUCAGCCAGUGACCACACCAGUGUAGACAGCAGGGCUACCACUGUAUGUGACAACAGUGGAGGCAGCAGAGCAUCUGGGAAUUGCUUCCGGGAAAGCAUUUGCAGCUGCUAUACUGGCUCUCUGGGGCAUCCUGUCCGGACCCAAAUGCAGAUAUCAAGGUGCCAGUCCUGGGGAGAAAAUUGAACUUACCACCCCAUUUCUAGCUUUGCUUUGAGGCCAGUACCAUGGCAGCACUCUCCAUGGCAUAGCUCUGCAUGCCUCCCCCAGGAGUAGACUCUGGCCCCCUGUGGAGGGUUGGGCAUGCUGGCUUUUCUCUGCCACACUCUGGAUCCCUGUGCUCUGCCUGCUGGUGAAUGACCUUUGGGUCUGGCCAGCCCCCUUCACCUUGUCUGUGCCAUAAAGGGUUGGUUGUUUGGGAAGAGAAUUGACUCAAAUAGACAUCCUGUGUUGAGUCUUCUGAGUCCACGUCACCUGUGACCAUUGCUGGAGCCCAGCGUCUGCUGGCCACACACAUGUCUCCCCGCCACUCCACAGCACUGGGUACCUGGGACUUUUGCCCAAAGGAUCCUGUUGCCAACUCCAUACAGUGGUUUUGUCUCCUGACACAGGCCUUUAGCAUUUCUAAGGUUUGGAGAUUAAGCAAGGUUCUGUGCAAUUUUUAGCACAUAUGUAUCUUUUCUAUGUUGGAUGUCAGGAUCUUUCUGUAUCUAUGUGUGUCCUCACAUGGCCAAGUGUUUGCAGGUGAUGAUGGUUCACAGGAGGAGCUCAGGACACCCCGUUACCCAACAUGAGCCAUUUGCCCUUGGCUGCUCUUAGACCGCUGUGUCUGAGCUGCUUCCUAGGCCAUGGUCCAGCUAAGAACAUGAGCGGGAGAAAUGACUAAGACCUCCAGCUCUUUGGUGCUUGAUCAGACCUGCACAGUUCUAGGCACAUUUUUACACUGCUUGGGAACCUAUGUUUCCCCUUCCCAUAUGGAGCAUCUUUAGGCUGGAUCCCCGGGGCUGACUGGAGGUAGAAGAUUUGUCCUAGAUUUGUCUGUCUCAAGCUGAGCCCACAGGCUAGCUGCUGCAGACAUCCUCUGUCAAAGGGCUUUUGCCUCCUCCACCCAUGACUGAGAAGAGCAGGAAGUUCAUCAUAUCUCCAGCAAGUACUGAGUGCUGGGUGCAGGCAGCCACGCUCCAGAGCAACAGUGGGAAAUUGUCUUGGUGCCAGACCAUCCAGAAGAGUCCUAAGGACCACACAGCAGUGCCUCCUCAGAAGGCCGUAUGUACAGACUGAAAUUCUCUGGGGACCAAAUGACUGUUAGGGUUGGGGCCUGAGUCUAGGAGGGAGAGGUGAAGAGGGUGGCCUAAGGUGGACCAUGGUGCUGCUGAGGUGGACCAGACGGACUGCCCGGGGCUGUCUAGCAGGCACUCGGGGUACAUGUGGCCUAUAUUGGGGGCUGUUCAGACUGUUGCUGUUGUAGUUCCAAAUAAUGGGGUCUGCCACCCUCUCCAGAUCUUAGGUGAGUAAUCGCAGGUCCAGGAUUUGCUAAGGUAUGUUUUUCCUUGCCCAUCCCACAAGGCCCCAGAGGGACAGGCCAAGCUGCCAGGAGUCCCCUUUCCCUGGACUGCCUUGCCACUCUUCUGAGAGGCUGGGUGCCCUCUGACCUGCCUUGAAGUGGAAUUUGAUACUGUACAUUGUCCCAAUGCCUGUUUUUACAUACUCUUUUCACUAAAGGUUUUAGUUUGGGUGUAUUUUUGGUCGGGUUGGCAUUAAUCCUUUCUUAAGAUGCUGUGAGAACCAUUUCAUCCAAUGCCAAAUAAACUUGUGUUAUGGAAAA